CUUUUCUGAUGUCACCCCCGGUCCUCCGAAUCGCUGAUCCAUCUCGACUACUCCAACCAAUCGCGUAUGAGUCCAGGAAGUUGCACGCAGGCGAGCGCAACUACCCUGUCCACGAUAAAGAAAUGCUCGCCAUCGUACACGCGUUCAAAGUGUGGCACUGCUACCUGACGGGAGCUGACGUGACAGUACAGACAGACCACAAAUCCCUACAGUACCUCCGCGCGCAGCCGAACCUCAACCCACGACAGAUUCGCUGGCUGGAUUUCCUCGAAAGCAACUUCCACUACACCAUUUCAUACAAACGUGGGGCGAAUAACAUCGCAGAUGCACUGAAACGACCGUCCGCCCAUCUCGCCUCCAUCAUCAUUGCAAAAUCCAACCCACUGCUCAUCGGACUAUAUGUUUCGGCGUGCCCGAUCUGCGAGCGGAUGAAGUCCUCUCGACAGCGGCCAACUGGAUUGCUGCAACCGCUCGAGCCACACCAGAAGUCGUGGCACCACGUGACGACGCAACAUGGGACUUCCGGCCGGCGCAACGGGCAACGACGCCAUCCUCAUCGUCGUCGAUCGCUUGACAAAAAUGGCGCAUUUUGCACCCUGUCGCACGACAAUCACAGCCGAAGAAACAACCAAACUCUUCAUCUCCACCGUUGUUCGUCUCCACGACCUACCAUCGGCGAUCAUCUGCGAUCGCGACCCCAAAUUCACAUCCAAGUUCUGGCAAGAGACAUGGGAAUAGUACGGCACCCGCCUGCAAUUCUCGUCCGCCUACCACCCACAAACCGGCGAGCAGACCGAGUGAACCAAUUAGACCAUGGAACAACUGAUACGCACCAACUGCCCCGACCCCGCCCGAUGGGAGGAAUUGCUGCCCAUGGCGGAAUUUGCCUACAACAAUGCCCCAUCCACAACGACUACUCACUCACCAUUUUUCCUCAACUACGGGUUGGAUCCCACCGUUCCCACAACGACAAACAUCGACAACCCACGACGGUCGACGACACGCCAAAGGACAUUGACACGCUUUGUGCCAUUGUCUCUGCCAAGCUUGCUGCGCUGAUUCGACAGUACCUGGAUAUUUUUCUGGAUAUUCUGCCAGCAGGAUUGCCAUUUGAGUGCCCCCAAGACCACAAAAUUGACCUGGAACCUGGCGCGCAGCCAACCGUCAGGACACAGUGGCGCUUGACUCAGCCCGAGCUCACGGAGUUGAGUGGCCAGCUGGAUUACCUAUUGGAGAAGGGGUUCAUUCGACCCAGCACGUCCCCGUUCGCAACGCCAAUCCUGUUCACGCCCAGAAAAGACGGAGGGCUGCGAAUGUGCAUUGAGUACCGGGCACUGAAUUGGCGAACCAUCAAAUCUCGCUACCCAAUCCCACGCGCGGACGAUCUUCUCAAACAACUUAGUGGGGCUUGCUUAUUCUUAAAAAUUGACUUACGAGGCAGUUACCAUCAGAUCAGAGUCUUCGCUGACGACUGCCACAAGACGGCGUUCCGAACCCGAUAUGGCAGCUACGAGUACACAGUGAUGCCGUUCGGCCUCACGAACGUGCCCUCAAAUUUCCAACUCACCAUGAAUGGCGUAUUCCGAGAUCUACUCGACAAGUGUGUCAUUGUCUAUCUCGAUGACAUUCUCAUCUUCAGCAAGACACAGGAACAGCACUUCAAGGACCUCGACCAAGUUUUUCAACGGCUGCAGAAACACCGGCUCAUCACCAAAGGCUCUAAGUGUGAAUUCCUAAAAUCCGAACUGGAUAUUUUGGGAUACGUAGUCGGAGCGGACUGCAUUAAAAUCGACCCGAAGAAGAUCACCACCAUCCGUGACGGGAAGCCGUCCACGAAUGUGCAGGAGCUGCAAAGUUUUCUUGGGUUCGUUAAUCACGCCCGCCGGUUUAUCCCCAAUAUGGCAGGGAUAACGGGACCUGGGGGGGGGAGACAGCAGACUGCUUUCGACGAACUCAGUUUUUUUCUGAUGUCAUCCCCGAUGCUCCGAAUCGCUGACCCACCUCGACCGUUCGAAGUCUUGACGGAUGCUAGUGAUUUUGUUAUCGGUGCAAUACUGUUACAGGAUUUUGACGACGGACUCCAACCAAUCGCGUAUGAGUCCAGAAAGUUGCAGGCAGCUGAGCGCAACUACCCCGUCCACGACAAAGAAAUGCUCGCCAUCGUGCACGCAUUUAAAGUGUGGCGCUGCUACUUGACAGGAGCCGACGUGAUAGUACGGACAGACCAUAAAUCCCUACAGUACCUCCGCGCGCAGCCGAACCUCAAUCCACGAUAUAUUCGCUGGCUGGACUUCCUCGAGAGAAACUUCCACUACACCAUCACGUUCAAACGUGGGGCAAAUAACAUCGCCGACGCACUGACACGACCGUCCGCCCACCUCACCUCCAUCAUCCUUGCAAAAUCCAACCCACUGCUCACCGGACUAUUUACCCACGAAUACAGCACAGACCUCUUUUUCACCUGCAACCUCCACCAGCAACGCAUGAAGUCUUCUCGACAGCGGCCAGCUGGACUGCUGCAACCGCUCGAGCCACCCCAGCAACCGUGGCAACAUGUGACGAUGGACUUCGUCACAGGACUUCCGGCCAAUGGUAAUGGCAACAACGCCGUCCUCGUCGUCGUCGAUCGUCUGACGAAGAUGGCACAUUUUGCACUCUGUCGCAUGACAAUCACAGCCAAAGAUACCGCAAAGCUUUUCAUCUCCACCAUUGUUCGUAUACACGGCCUACCAUCGGCGAUAAUCAGCGUCCGUGACCCCAAGUUUACGUCCAAGUUCUGGCACGAGACAUGGGAACAGUACGGCACCCACCUACAAUUCUCAUCCGCCUACCACCCACAAACCGACGGACAAACUGACCGCACCAAUCAGACCAUGGAGCAGCUGAUUCGCACCAACUGCCCAGAUACUGUCGGGUGGCAAGCAUUCCUGCCCAUGCUGGAAUUUUCCUACAACAACACCCUAUCUGCUAUGACUAAUCACUCGCCGUUUUUCCUCAACUACGGGAUGGAUGCCACCAUACCGACGACAACUCACAUCCACAACCCCGUGUCCCUCUACUAAACAUACACACAUAUGUUAAACACA